AUGAGCAAACCCGUUCUCGCUGUGAUUGGAUCCGGCUGGGGCGGCUUCACGCUGUCCCAAAAGGUCUCCUUAGAGCGAUUCCAUUUGAAAAUCAUCUCACCAAUACGCACAAUUCAAUACACACCUCUACUGGCCAGCGCAGCCUGCGGUCUAUUCAAUUUUCGGUUGGCAGAAGAGCCCGUCAGGAGGAAACAGCGCACCGACGUGGAAUACUACAAAGCAGUUGCACUAGACAUCGACUUCGACAAGCGUGUUAUCCGAUGCCAGACAGCAGCAGAGGUUGAUGGGGAGGAUCCGAAAGACUUCGACGUCAAAUACGAUAAACUCUGUAUCGCACCUGGAUGUGACAUACAAGACUUCGGGACGCCGGGAGCCAAGGAACAUGCUCUAUUCUUGAGGACAACCAACGACAGCCGACUGCUCCAGCAGCGCUUACUGGAAAUGCUGGAUCAAGCUUCCCUGCCAAACUUCCUCGAUGAUCCCCAGAAACAGCGCGACAUCCUGAACAUCCGCAUUGUCGGCGGUGGCGCCAUCGGCAUUGAAGCAGCUGCUGAGCUCUUCGACCUGUGGAACGAGGACAUGCGGUUCCUCUUCCCGCAUCUCGACGGGAAGCUCACAAUAACUAUUCAUGACGUGGCGUCGUCCAUCCUGACCACUUUCGAUCAACACUUGGCCGAGUAUGCCACCGAGUCAUUAACCAAGGGCAAGCAGAAUGUCGUACAAAUAAAGACAAGCUCGCACAUUGAGAAGGUUGACGCCGGCGCGAUCUACACUAAGGAAGACGGGCGUCUACCCUACGGCGUCCUCAUCUGGGCGACUGGGAACAAGGUCAACAAGCUCGUGGACACAGUAUCGGAUCGCAUCAUGCUGCCCGAGAAGGGCCUACCAAGAAUCCUGACGGACAAGUACCUCCGUGUUCUGCGUUCAGACGGAACCUCCAUGGACGAUGUGUACGCACUAGGCGACGCUGCGGAUAUCAAGGGAGAGUCGCUGCCCACAUUGGCUGAAGUGGCACUGCAGAAAGGCGAGUACCUCACCAAGGUAUUUAACAACCAUAGCACCGGGGAAUCUGGAGACGCCCCUCCUUUUGAGUAUAAGCAACGCGCCCUCCUGGCAUAUCUCGGACAACGGGACGGUAUCAUCGGAGGAAAGGAGGACUGGACUGGCCAAGCAGCCUGGAUCGCGUGGCGAUCGGGCUCUUUGGGUUGGACUAGGAGCUGGCGAAGGAAGUUGAUGAUUUCGAUCAGUUGGCUUUUUGUGUGGCUUGGGGGCAGAGACAUUGCUAGGUAUUAG